AUGGCAGUGCAUGUUGUCAAAUGCCUGCGCCGGCCCGGGCGCUAGAACAACCAACAGGGCCACCCAGUGUUUUGACAGGAGAGUAAUGGAAUAUGAGGAGCCCGACGUGCCCCCCGCUGACAGCCCCCUCAAAAGAGGAGUUGUGUCCAAGAAGACUCAUUUGACCCAGAUUGAGGUUAUUCCAUGUAAGAUCUGCGGGGAUAAGUCCUCUGGAGUGCAUUAUGGAGUCAUCACUUGUGAGGGCUGCAAGGGAUUCUUCCGGCGCAGCCAGCUGCCUACCGUAUCCUACUCCUGCUCCAGGCAGAACAACUGUCAGAUCGACAGAGCCAGCCGCAACCGCUGCCAACACUGCCGCCUGCAGAAGUGCUUAGCAAAGGGCAUGAGCAGAGAUGCUGUGAAGUUCGGACGAAUGUCCAAACGUCAGCGUGACUCUCUGAUUGCUGAAGUGGAGAGACAUCGACAGCAGCAGCAGCAGCAGCAGCAGCAGCUUCAGGGAGAGGCCCAGUCUCUCUUGUCCUUCUCCACCAAGGCCCGUCAAGACCGCUCCCCACAGCUCCUUCAGCCCAUGGCCUCAACCUACUCUUUCACCGGGGAGGCUGAGCUGCUGUCCUACACCGCUGAUGUUCACCCUUACCUGGUCUGUUCCCCGAACGAGUCGCAGGUGUCGGGUAUGAUCUACCGAGGCUCCGGUGUGUCUCCCACAUCGAGAUCCCAGGCGAGGGGGGACAACAGCGGACACCUUGACAUAAGAGGGUUUGACUCCAGACAGCCAUCUCAUGAUCUUGUGGGGAUUCAUCCCUACAACCCCGUGGAGGAUUCUUACAGCCUCUAUCCUCACUCUCUGAGGAAUAUAGAUGAGCUGUGUGCCAGCAUUGUGCGUUCCCACAGAGAGACCAGCAAGUACAGAGUGGAGGAGCUGCAGGCUCUCAGAUGGAAGCUGCUCAGCAGAGAGGAGAUCCAAGCCUACCAGAGCAAAUCAGUGGAUGAGAUGUGGCAGCACUGCGCUAUCCGACUGACUGAUGCCGUGCAGUAUGUGGUGGAGUUUGCAAAACACAUCCCAGGUUUCCGUUUGCUCAACCAGAACGACCAGAUCGCUCUCCUGAAGACUGGCUCGAUGGAGGUGGUUCUGGUCAGGAUGAGUCGCUUUUUCAACACUGAGAACAACACCGUCUACUUUGAUGGGAAAUUUGCUGGAGCUGAAGUCUUCAAGUCUUUGGCCUGUGGUGAUUUAAUCACAGCGGUGUUUGACUUUGCUCACGGUAUGUGUGAUCUAAAGCUUACGGAGCAGCAGAUUGCUCUCUUCAGUGCUCUCGUGCUGAUCAACACAGAUCGUCCUUGUCUGGAGGACAGAGGCAGAGUUCAGCGAGUGCAAAGAAGCGUGGAGUUUGGACUCACACACAUUCUACACCGAGACAACCAAGAAAGUCUAAUGCCCAAGCUGUACCAGAGGAUGUCAGUGUUGCGUUCACUAUGCAGUCUGCAUAUGGAGAAGCUGCACUGGUUCAGUCAGCGUUACCCGCUCACUGCUCACUCGCUGUUCCCUCCACUCUACAAGGAGCUGUUCGCCUCUGAGGCAGAGCUGCUGCCGGGGACCACUCAAUGAUGAUUAACCAGUAUACGCAAAGUCAUACACACAUGUUAUUUUAAGUCUCUUCAUUAUAUCCUGACAGAAUCUAUUUUUCUAAUAAUUCAAAUAAAUGACAAAAGAGCUUUUUGGUAGAUUGUGUCAAACAUGAAUUUUAAUAUUUUGAUAGCUUAAACCUAUUUUUAUUACUCCAGGGAAACAUGCAUUUUGCUGUUGUUGUUUGACAGCUCCUUGUCAGUGAGGCACAGCAUUAAUUUUCUCUGGAUACGUGCUAUUGUGAGUCACAGUAAAUGUAUGUCGCAGUGCGAUUGGACAUAGAAAUUCAAAGACGCAGGGUACCGAUCGUUGUCAAUUGAAACUUAAAAUGUAAGUCCAUCCAAAAUCUUUCUUUGGAGUUUAAAAUGCGGACCUCCUGUAGAGUUAAAAGGUGACUUUGCAGAUGGUCCUGGACAAGCUAGAUAGAAAAGUAAGCUAUAAAAAGCCACACAAAAUUCUUUUGGCAGAGCCGAAAAAGCAAGAAGGUUAUUACCACACAUCUCCCCUUGAGAAGUAAACAUCACAUUCCAGGAGCAAAAUAGCAACAUUAAGCAAUCAGAAUAAUAAACAUAUGUGCACACCCAAUUAAAUCCAGCAUUGAUGUGCUUCUUCACAGUACAGUCACAUUAUUUAGUUUACAGCUCAAAAACACAUUUAAGUGUGUCCUUAAUAUAUUGCAUAACAAGUAUUCCCAACAAAACAUGAAAUAUUGGUGUGAUCAAUUAAACACAUCCAUAGUAGACAACCUGCCUCUUUGCAUCUGUAUGUCUGUAGAGAAAUGUCUCUCCUCAGGUUGAUGUUGUCAGAUUGACGAAUAAAUCAGACAAAGCAGCAGUACCUCUUAAAUGUUAUCCUCUGUGUUUGAAUAUAUCCUCAGAGGCUUUUUAUAUCUUUUGAGCUUUGAAAAUAUGUUGCAUUAAAAGUAGAAAUAUUGUAAAAAAUGUGAGAGACACAGUAGAAGUCUCUUCCUCUGUGUGCAAACUUUUCCUUUUUUUUUCCAGAUUAACUUGCAUAUGUUUUGCUUUCUUAACAUAUCUCUGAAUAAAGCCAUGAGUAAAUUGGAAACAAUGAGAUGUUUCAGCAUUAAGUACUGUAUAUCAGGAUGAAGUCCUCUCUGUUGCUGGAAUGGCUGAGAUUAUAAUGAACAUAACUCAAUGUAAAUCUGCUAAUAAACUGCUGAGGCUGCGA